AUGGCUACCAGAAAGGCAUCCUCGACGAUGCGUCCGCAAGCUGACGAGCGUAGGAAGUUUCGCAAUCGGCUGUCUCAGAAAUCAUUCCGUGAGCGACAACACAACUAUGUCAAGGAGCUAGAGCAACAUAUCAUGAACCUCUCGGCUCAAGACGGCGGUCGAUACACUCUCCUGUCCUCGGAGAACAGGCGACUGCGAUCAAAGCUGCUGGACAUCCGAAACCGCAUGACCAGCACGUCGAAUGCGCUGAAUCGCCUCGCGGCUGAGAUAGCCGAGGUCCUCGAAAUCAACACCUCUGGGUCGCCAGAAGAAACGCAAGACGGAACCCAGGAUGCCAGCUACAACCCAGAGCCCGGAAAACUCGUCGCUGCCGACAGCACUGCUGGGGAUGAUAUGAUAGAAUGGACGGGCCCAAUUGUUCCCACGAACGCUGUCGUGCAGUAUGAAGAGCCAGCCAUAGAGCCGCCCCCGCCGCUGUCGGAAGAGGUUGUUGUGGACAAUCAGUCCUUUUCAUGGAGCGGUGACUUGGGCCAGUCUCAAUCUAUGCCCAACAAUGACGCGUCGCUUGUCUGUCCUCCUGCUAUCAAUUGCGACACCAACCCAUUAUCAGAACUUACCCCUGACCUCUUUAACUCUCCAUUUCCUUGGUCAGCUUUGGCCGGGAGUCAACAGCAUGCCAGUUUUGCUGCCCUAUGUUCGCCCAUCAAUUUCAGUCUUUCACCCAUGCUCCCAAAGCUCCUGUCUGAGGGCCUUCGUCCAUCCCGCGCCAAUUCCCCCAAUGCCAGUCCCCCGUCCGCCAAUCUGCCGUGGGCUUCAAGAUUUGCGGAACACAUGGAAUCAAUGGAAUGUGUCUUGCGACAACAAUUGGAUGUGAGCAGGGGAAAGGCAUUGACAUUCAGCAAGGUCUCCGAAGCCUCCAUAGCAUUCCUGUCCGUCUUCGUCAAUUACCUGUGGCCCGGAACCUCAAUUAUGUGGCUCAACUCAUACCUGGCUCAAACCGCGGAUCGGAUUUUGGCAUGGAGGAUGUCUCCCAAUCUCGUCACCUACAACCGACUACUGCCCGAAUAUAUGCCCUCAGCUUACGAAAUGGAGACUCCUCACUGUGCCGUGAUCGGCUGGUUCCCCCAUGCUCCGCUGCGAGAAAAACUGAUCCGUCUUUACGACAAUUCGAGGCACCUCGACCAAAUCUGGAUCGACACACUGUACCACACGGUAGUAGAGGUGCCAGACAUGUCGCAGAUCCUGACUGAUGCCGAACCAGGCCCAGGAUUCCUGGGCGUGUGGAAGAUCUUCGACACCAUCUCGACAGCGCCGGAGCUGGUAGCACACGCCCUCGGCGUCCAGAGUUCCGGUAUGACGGAAAUCUCGCGAAUUCUCAGAAGUAUUCUCUCAGAGAAACCCAACCCGGCAGACGUUUUUCGUCUGAGCGGAUUGGUGUCCGACGAUAACGGCUGGACACCUGUUCCAUUGGCCGCUCUCCUACAGUCACCCAAGCUGGCCCUCAAGGCCUACUAUCACCUCAAGAUGUACGAUUCGCCGCGGACAUGGAAAUGGGACCCUGCCUUUUUCGAAAAGUAUCCGGAACUCACGUGGGAUGGGUACGAAGCAGUGGUAGCGCGCGGGAAGAGCUACAGGCAGGAUUGUUACAUGCCUUCGCCCUGCGUCGACAAUUUGACUUGCGGGGCUAUGCUUGGUAUCUACCGGCAGGUCUUGGGCACGUUACAGAGCUAG